AUUCCGUCCAUAUUUUGCCUUAAAAAAUGCAAAACCUUUUUAUUCAUUCUACUAUUAUUUGGAUAUUUCUUUUCCCAUUUCUCAUCACUCUAACACACUCAUAACAAGAACCUAAAACAAUAUUCUUUCAAGAAGACAAAGAUGGAUGGUGAAAUUGAGAGAUUCAUUAAGGUAUGGCUUAUAUCCACAACAUGUCUAUGUUAUUGUUAUUACAUAUCUUCUAAAAUCCCCAAAGGCUUUCUAAGGCUUCUCUCAAUCCUCCCAAUUCUCUACCUUUUCCUAAUCCUUCCUUUAAAUCUCUCUUCUUUCCACCUUGGUGGCCCCACAACCUUCUUCCUUGUUUGGCUCUCCACUUUCAAACUCAUCCUUUUUUCCUUCAAUCAACCUCCUCUUUUCCCUCUCCCAAACAAUAUCUUCCAUUUCAUUUCCAUUGCUUCCCUUCCAAUCAACCCUCAACAAUCAAAUUCAACAACCACUUUUUCAUCUAAAAAGUCAAUUUUACCCCUUACUUGUUUGAAAGUAGUUAUAUUGGUAGCAAUCAUAUGUAGCUAUGAGUAUAGAGAAUAUAUGCACCCUUAUUUUAUAUUGGUCCUUUAUUGCUGCCACAUGUACCUUGGUAUUGAACUUGUGUUAGCAAUUAGUGCAGCACCGGUUCGAACCAUGUUCGGUUUUGAAAUCGAACCACAAUUCAACGAACCUUAUUUGUCCACAUCGCUUCAAGACUUUUGGGGUCGUAGGUGGAACCUAAUGGUAACUGGUAUCUUACGUCCCACCGUAUACAAUCCCGUUCGCCACAUCAUUAGGUCUUAUGUGGGUUCCACAUAUGCCACUUCAGCUGCCACAUUGGCAACUUUUGUGGUGUCUGGUCUUAUGCACGAGGUAAUUUAUUAUUACCUUGCACGCGCGCCUCCCACGUGGGAAGUCACAUGGUUUUUUGUACUUCAUGGUGUGUGUACGUCUGUUGAGGUUGCGGUUAAGAAGAUUCUUCUUCGUCGUGGGUGGCGGUUGCACCGUGCUGUGUCGGGUCCGCUUACAAUUACAUUUUUGGCUGUUACCGGGAAUUGGUUGUUUUUUCCUCAGUUGCUGAGGAAUGGUGUUGUGAGCAAGGGUAUUGGGGAGUAUGCAAUUUUGGUGAAUUUUGUUAAGGAUAAGUUACCAUUACAUUUGAUUAGUUAAUUAUUGUUUUUGUAGUGAACAUUCGUUAUUAUAAACGUACAAUAACAUAGUUUUGAUGGAUAGAAAUUCACCUAGUUUAGUAUUGAUGGAAAUGAAGCAUUGGCUCCGACACAGACACCAACAUGUCGAUACCACACACACUAUGAGUUGAGGCUCUUGUUAGAUCAAUGGGUGGAAGGCUUAUAUUUUCAUAUCUCAUACAUAAAACAAAAUCAUCAAGCAAACAAUGACCAAGUACUGGCAAUUCUAGCAAGCAUAUACAUAUCCAGGUUGGAUAACAGAUUCCCAUAAACCAUUUUCGAACACAAGCAGUAAAUUGAUUUGGAUUUUCUUGUCAAGCUCUGAUACAAGAAAUUCAUUUGGAAUACGUUCGGACAAAUCACGUUCUAUCGCAUAAAAAUUCAAAAGACGGAACAUGAGCCAUCAGACCACUAUCCAACAGUUCAGAUUACUUGACGACGGCAACGUGAGGUUGAACACACCACAGAGAGAAGAUACAGAGGGUUUGGAGUUAUUGUGCUGGAAGAGGUGUAGAGAGAAAAAGGAGAGUUGAACUUGAGAGGCACAGUCAAAUGGCAAAACACUCGAACCAAACAAACCCUUAGUGCAUCAAAGAGAAGAUUAGGUGAGAUAUGAUUAUUUGUCAUAUCUUUCCCUAUCAUGAUCAUCAAACAAACCUUAAAUGGCCGAGGAAAAACACAUUUAUGUAGGUUUUUGUAAUUUUGAUUUAUUCAAAAACUACUAUGAUGCGUCUCACAUUUAAUUUCUAUGUAAACGUUACUCUAGUUUUAUGGCUUUUAGCCAAAUUUAUGUGUUAUUUGGUGUUAUUUUAUCAAUAAAAGACACAGAGGAGUUAUACAAGGCU